GGGGAAUAUUAGGUUUUGGUAUUAGCAAUUGCCGUUUUUGAACGCACUCCAGGAAUCCCACCCCACCACAGCUUGAUGACAGGGUUGGGAGGAUUUGUUUUCAUUUUUAUCAUAAAUAAAUUACAAAGAAAACAAUAAUAGUGCACAAAUUCUUAAAGGUUUAUGUCCGAUAGUGAAAGUGAUAUCGACACCGUCUCAGAGACCACAAGACUCAUGGACGGCCAUGUCGCUACCAAUAGCAGCAAUGCGAACCCCUUGGAAGUCCCUCACGAAAUUCCGAAAAAAAGGGGCAAAAGGCAAGAACCUGACGAUGGUGAACAACAGGGUGGCCCUUCUAAUUCCAGACAGGAAAGAGCUCCGGAAAUAAACCAACAACCCAUCGAAGAAGAGGAAGAACUCAAAUAUGGAGCAAGUCACGUUAUCAAAUUAUUCGCCCCUGUAUCACUUUGUAUGGUUGUGGUAGUUGCUACAAUUAAUGUUGUAAACUUUUAUUCAGUUAAAGAUAUGUAUUUUGUGUACACACCUUUUCAUGAAGAAAGCCCAGAUACAAGCACCAAAAUCUGGAAUGCCGUAGCAAACGCCCUUAUUUUAAUGGCAGUAAUUGUAGGAAUGACAAUAUUACUGAUCCUCUUAUACAAACAUAGAUGUUAUAAAAUAAUACACGGAUGGCUAAUUGUAUCAUCUUUAAUGCUGCUAUCAAUAUUCAGCUAUUUAUAUUUGGAAGAAAUUUUGAGAGCCUACAACAUCCCAAUGGACUAUCCAACUGCCUUAAUACUAAUGUGGAAUUUUGGAGUGAUGGGCAUGAUUUGCAUCCAUUGGCAAGGUCCUUUGAUUCUGCAACAAGCCUAUUUGAUUUUUGUAGCGGCACUUAUGGCCUUGGUAUUCAUUAAAUAUCUACCUGAAUGGACUACUUGGGCUGUAUUGGCAGUUAUUUCAAUUUGGGAUUUAAUUGCGGUUCUAACUCCUAAAGGACCUCUUAGAAUUCUUGUGGAAACUGCCCAAGAGAGGAAUGAACAAAUAUUUCCAGCACUGAUUUAUUCAUCAACAUACAUGUAUGCUUACACUGCUAUGGCUACAGGAAACGAAACUGAAAAUAACAUGUCCAGAUCCAACAGUACUGAUCACGGAUUUACCCAGGAAUGGGUUAAUAAUCAUGCCAAUAGAGGUACUCAAAGGCAAUUAGAAGUACAUGAAGCACCCAGUGGUCAAGUGAGGACUCAAAUUCAUGACCAACAUGGUGGUAAUCAAGAAGAAGAAGAAAGAGGUGUAAAGUUGGGACUAGGAGAUUUUAUAUUUUAUAGUGUACUUGUUGGUAAAGCCUCAUCAUAUGGAGACUGGAAUACUACAUUGGCUUGUUUUGUAGCUAUUUUGAUUGGAUUAUGUUUAACCUUAUUGCUAUUGGCAAUAUUUAAAAAGGCCCUUCCUGCAUUACCAAUUUCCAUUACUUUUGGAUUGGUAUUUUAUUUCGCUACCAAAGAAAUUGUUAGUCCUUUUGCCGAUAGAUUAGCAAGUGAACAAGUAUUUAUUUGAAGCAAUAAUUAAUUUAUAUAUAUUUUUUUUAUUAUAUCAAGACAAUUGUUUUAAAAUUAAUUAUUAUUAACUAAUACUAAAAUAGGAGGCAUUCCAUUGAUUUGUGGAUUUUAAAUUAUUAAUAAAUUAAUUUAUUAUAAAGCGUAUUAUUUAA